UCGUACAGCCGCAGUAUCGUAGGUCAGUCCACGACCAUGACUAUCGGGUUGGCUUGGCUCCCCCGAUUUCUGUGGAGCUUAGUCCAGCUUUGCGACUGCAGCGGAGGAGAUCUCCAUCAGAAUGGCACGGCGAUCGCGGAUCUGGAUGCUCGGGCUGUAUGUCCUACUGGCACCCUCGGUGAUGCUGGCCAUCCGGUCCUCCCAAUCGCUGGCCCUCCUGCGGGCCCGGGAUCAGUGCGGCAGGGAGCUGACCGCCGGCCAGCGCCUCCUCCUGGACAGGAUGCAGUUCGGGGAUGCUCCCCAUGUGCGCCACUACCUCCACUGCUUCUGGUCGCGCCUGCAGCUCUGGCAGGAUGCCUCCGGGUUCCAGGCCCAGCGCAUCGUCCAGAGUUUCGGUGGCGAGAGACGCCUCAAUGUGGAGCAGGCGCUGCCCGUCAUCAACGGGUGCAAUGCGAGGACGCGCUUUCGAGGUUCGGGAUUUGGGGUGGCAUCGGGAUCAGGAUCCCAGGCAGUGGUUGACUGGUGUUUCCGGGCCUUCGUCUGCGUGCUGGCCACUCCAGUCGGGGAGUGGUAUAAGCGCCACAUGUCCGACGUCAUCAAUGGAAAUGCAUAGAACACAUUAAAUACGAAAUAUAAUUUUUAGUGUAGGGGUUAAUAAACUUGCAAUUAACAUUAAUGUAUAAUAUAAUAAUAGCCCGCUAAGCUAAUAGAUGUAUGCUAAUAAAGAAUUGGGACUAAAUUCGGUAAAUACAAAUAUAGAAAUACAAAA